CCUUUACCUGCAGCCCCAGUGUCCAACUCCAUACGCUGCGCCGGGCUAGUACACUGGCAUUCCCUAAGGCAGCUGAAGGUGAAUCUGUAUUGUCUAUAUAGUGGUGGUCUUUGUCAAACUGGUGGUCGUACCUGUAAAUUUAUAUGCAAUUGAGGAUUUUAACGCCAUAACCGAGCCCGGGCAUGAGGGCUGUGUAGCCUGCCAUGAUAGGGCUCGCAGUAAAGGCAUUUUUCUUCCCGUUCAUUUAUACCCUAUUUACUCUCCCUCAUGUCCAAUUCAAGCACCUGGAUAGCAGCACCGGCCGCAGCCCUCGCGCUGUAUGUAGCAUGGCGCAUGCUCGCAACACGAGAACGCACACGGCCAGCACCCAUUAACGGCGUAGUAGGACUGAUUGGCAAUACGCCGCUGAUCCGCAUCAACAGUCUCUCCGAGGCGACCGGGUGUGAGAUCCUGGCCAAAGUGGAGUACAUGAACCCGGGCGGCAGCUCCAAGGACCGCAUCGCACUGUAUCUGAUCGAGCAAGCUGAAAGCCACGGCGAGCUGACGCCCGGCGGCUGCAUCUUCGAGGGCACAUCGGGCUCGACUGGGAUCUCUCUAGCAAUGGUGGCGCGGGCCAAGGGCUACACAUGCCACAUCGUAAUGCCCAAUGACAUGGCGAUCGAAAAGUCGCAGCUUCUGGAGCGUCACGGGGCGACUGUCGAGCGCGUCACGCCGUGCUCGAUCGUGGACACGGGCCAUUAUGUCAACGUGGCGAGGCAGCGGGCCAAGGAGUUCAGCGUAGACGGGCAACGUGGGUAUUUCGUCGACCAGUUCGAGAACCCGCGCAAUGCCGAGGCGCAUUUCCGCACCACGGGACCCGAGAUUCUGGCGCAGGCCGGCCCAUUCGAUGCGUUUGUGCAUGGCUCGGGCACUGGUGGGACGAUCGCCGGCGUCACGUAUUUCCUGAAGCCGCGGAUGCCCGGGCUCAAGUGCUUUUUGGCUGACCCGCAAGGCUCCGGGCUGGCCAAUAAGGUCAACCAUGGCGUCAUGUUUGCCGAAACCGAGCGCGAGGGCACGCGGCGGCGGCAGCAGGUCGAUACGCUGGUCGAGGGCGUCGGGCUGAAUCGGCUCACCAGGAACUUUGCCACGCUGUUCGCUGGCCAGCGGUGUCUGCUGGAUGGCGCUGUGUCGGUGUCUGACCAGGAGGCGGUGGCGAUGAGCCGCUGGCUGAUGAACAAGGACGGGCUGUUUGUCGGCAGCUCGGCCGCCAUUAACUGCGUUGCUGCAGUGCGCAUUGCGCGCAGGCUGGGCCGGGGCAAGCGCGUAGUGACUAUCCUGGCUGACAGCGGCCAGCGCCAUCUGACAAAGUUCUGGAAUGACGACAAGAUGCGGGAAAUGGGAUAUUCUGUCGAUUGCCCCGAGUCCUUGGAUGCCUUUCUGUGAAGUUUUUUUCCCCCCACAGUUUGUCUCAAGAGCUUUGGCACAUUAACAUGCUUUUUCUUGUGUAAAAAUUUUUAUUCUGGAGCUCUCUCCCCAA